AUAGGGCUAUCGAUUACCCAUGGUCGUAGCUCUGGCAUUUUGCAACUGUCCGUCUUCGGUCACAUCACAUUUUGUUGUUGUCGCGGUCGGAAAAGUGCACGGAGUUACGGUCGUCGAUUCGUCGAUUUUCCGUUAAAUACAGCAUACAAAUUCCAAAACAAAUGCGCGCACUCGCCGCCGUCGAAAACGCAGGGUUAUAAGGUGUGUAAUGUGUCCAAUUGGCCGCAAUGGAAAGUGAAUAAAGGCCCUAUAAUUCGUGAAGUUGAAAUCAAAAAAAAUAAAAUAUAAAAAUUUUCUUGUGCGCGUUUGCCAAUGAGAGUGAGAGAGCAGGGCAGAAAGAGAGAAUGAGCGAGCGAGCGAGAGCGAGCCAUAAUAUUGCGUGAAUCGAAUCGAGCGACACAAAAUUGUUAAACAACACAAUACGCAGCUAAACGCAAACGUCGUUGUCGCAUUAUUACAGCUAAAAAAAGAAGCAGAGUGGCAUACAAAAUAAUAUCAUUGCAAAAAAAAGUGAAAUUAAGUGUUUUAAAAAAAAAGAAGGAAAAGAAACCAUAAAAAAACAUGAACAUGACAUGGCCGCGUCUCGUUUACACAAUAACUCAAAAUUAAUUUAAUAUGCUGGCAAAUGAGCAAAGCGAAAAGCAAGCUAAAAGGCUCUGAAUCGCGAAGGAGCUCCUGAACGGCUGCUGUUAUCGCCAUGGCCGCCGCAUCUGCUGGCCAGCAACAGCAGCAGCAUCAGCACCAGCACAAACUUAACAUAGCUGGGAGUGCUGAGACGGAGGUCAGCGGGAUGCACCAUCCGCAGCAGCAUCACCAGCAGCAGCAGCAGCAUCAGCAUCAACAGAUCAAUAUGUUCAAGCAGCAGCAGCAGCAAAUGUUGCCUCUGCAGCAGCAACAUCAUCAGUUUUUCCAGCAGCAACAGACGAAAUUUGUAUCGCGGGUCGUUACAAGUGCAGCGGUGCAACAGCAGCAACAGCAGCAGCAACAGCAACAGAUAUUACCAGCUGGCUUGGUAAACGGCAAUGGCAGCGGCAACAUGAUGCAAGUGGCAAAUCUGCAUCUGCAGCAGCAGCAGCAACAGCAGCGAAACAGUCAGCAGCACAUAUUUGUCUGCCCCACCAGCAACCAUCAACUCCUUCUGCAACAGCAGCAGCAACAACAUCAGCAGCAGCAGCAACAACAGCAACAAACCAAACAGCGCCAGGCGCAAAUAAAGUUGCCAAUAAAGUCAGCGGCAACAACGGGAGCAACGGCAGCAACUGUUGCUGCUGCAACUGCUGCUACUGGGGCAACGCAUUGCAUGUCGACAACAAAUGCGGCGCGUCAAAUGAGUCAGAACAAUCAGCUCUAUGCCAAGAAUGUUGCCAAAGCCAACAAUGCCAGUAGCAAUGGCCACAUCAACAGGAAGACGGCCACUAGCUACAAUGGAAAUUUGGCCCCCGGCUGGCGUCGCUUGACCAACAACAAUGAGGUGGCCUAUAUCAGCCCCUCGGGCAAAACGCUGCGCACGCAGUUCCAGAUCAAGGACUAUCUGCUCACACAGGGUACCUGCAAGUGCGGCCUGCCGUGUCCGCUGCGCCCGGAAUUCCUAUUCGACUUUAAUGCCCAGGUGCCCAACAUGCCGCUCAAGUUGCCAACGGAGGCGUCAACGGCGAUGCCAACACCUUGCCUGCACCAGCGGCGAUUUCUGGAAUCUCAGCAGCUUCAGCUGCCACAGCAGCCAUCCCAAAUGCAACAGCAACAUCUACAGCAGCAGCAACAGCAGCAGCAACAACAGGCUGUCAAAGAUGUAUCUGUAGCCGUAGCCGUAUCCGUAUCUGGGCCAGCAGCUGUCAGCGAUGUGUUCUCCACGCUGAUGACAUCGACGGCGAGGACGGCGACAACGGCGACACCAACAGCAGCGACAUCACCAGAACAGGCGGCAACAACCACCACACAUGAAAUGGCCAACAAAGACGCUGAUUGCCACAAGUACGGCAAUAACAAAUUACCUGCCUCAAAUCGGACGGCGACCACGCCUACGCCAGCUCCAACGCCCCCGCCUCAGCAUCCAACUAGUCAAGCAUUAGCAUUAGGCGGAGUUCCAGUUGCCGGCCAUCCCAAGCGUCCAACUGGUGGCCAUGUGAUAAAGCAGUCAGCCUCCGUUCUUGGGCCACCAUCCACGCCGCCCAUGGCUACCGGUGGACCCAACACAGUCAUCCAACAGCAGCAGCCGCAACAGCAACAUCCCAACUUCAAGGACGAUCCCGCUGGCUAUCUGCAACAGCAAACAGCACUGCUGCAUAACAGUCUUGGAGUCGGUUUGGAUGCAACGAAAACGGCGGCUGGCACUUCCACUGCGAGAGCUCUGCCCCAAGAACCCAUUGUUCACAGCUCGCAGCAGCACCAACAGCAGCAGCAGCAACAGCAACAGCAGCAGCAACAACAGCUUCAGCAACAGCAGCAUCUGCAGCAGCUGCAGCGCCAAAAGAUCCGUCGUCUGUCGCUCUUUGGGAAGUGGGAAACGGAUCCAGCACCUGCCACCAACCCCCAACCAUCAAGUGGAGCACGAACACUGCAAGCGGAAGCUGCCGCCUUCGCGCGCCCCCAAAAACCACAGGUCACUAGCGUAACACUGGUGCCAACUCCCCAGGAGUCUCCAGUAUCGAGUAGCGCAGCCGAGACGCUGGAGAAGCGACCCGAGCAGGUGGGAGCCAUAUCCACCAGUCACGAGAGUCCGCGACAGAGUCUGUCGUCGCCCACGGACUCGGUUGACUCGGCUAAGAGCACGCCUUCAGCCUCACCCAAACCCCAAACGCAUGCCCCACUGCAGCCGCAGUUGCUGCAGAUGCGUCCGCAUCUCCAGGCGAAUCUUUCAGCUCAAGCGCCCGUCAGCGUGCCCGCCCAUGUACGUGUUAUGCGUCAGCAGCAGGCUCAGAUCAUUCCCGGCCAGCGCUUGCCAGUGGCCAGCAGCAGCGCUGCGAUGGCCACGAUGACCAGGAGCAUAGUGACCUCCACGGCAGGCACGAGUACGAUCACAGGGCGGCCUGUGGCCACGACGUUAACCAGCUCGAAUCCCACUGUGGCGCAGUUGCAAUCCAUGGCGAAUGCCAUGAAUGGAGCUGGUGGUGGUGGGCAAUUGAUAAUGACUUCUUCGGGACAACUACUGGUCAUACCGACGCCCAGCAAGCAGACAACGCAGCAUCAUCGUCCUGGACAGCCCGGACAAGGUGUCAUCAUCCAGCAACAGCAGCCGGCGGAGUUGCAUCCCCAACCGGGAGGUGGCUAUAUCGUCAGUCAGCCCUCCCCGGUGGCGGCGGCCAGCUCUAGCAGCAGCAGCAGCACUGUGAUCUUGAACUCCGGCGGAGCCAAGCUGCUGCACCACCAGAUCAUCACCUCGCAGGCUGGCCAGAUUAAUCAAGCGACUUCAGGUGGAGCUGGAAAUCAGACGCAGACGGUGCUACUCAACACCCUGCCCAAUGGGGGUUACAUUGUCCAGCAGCAACCGCCAUCGCAGACGCCACAGCAGGCAGAACAGAUCCUGGCGAUGCCACAACCGCCUCCGGCUCAAACACUUAUCAUCAGCUCGCCGGACACGAAGAGAAGAGCGCGGAAGCGCAAGAGCUCUGUAUGCCAUACACCGCCGCCGAGUGGAUCGCCCGCCAAAAUCAUUUCGCCUCAGAUCUCGCCCAGCAUCCCAAGCCAGGCACCAGCUCUGCUCCACCAGCAGGCAGCUGCAGCAGCGGCUGCUGCUCCUCAAUUCCAACAGCAAUUCCAAUUGAGUCCUGGCAUUCAGGGAAUCGUCGUUAACAAACCUAAUCCUCCGCAGCCUCAGCAGGCACAACAGCUCCUGCUCCAGAAUGGGCAAAUCCUGCAACAGGUUAAUCUCAUUGGACAGCAGCUUCUCAUGCCAGCCGGGUUGGUGAUGGGACCAGAUGCCACUCUGCUACAGAUCCAGAAUAUGCCCGCAACCAGCCUGAUGACGCCGCAGGGUCCCGUGAUGCUGAGAACGCCAUCGCCACAAAACAAGCCGUCUUUCAUUUCUCCGAGCGCCGGGGGACAACAGUACUUAGUGGGCGCCAAUGGGCAGUUGAGUCCCAUCGGUCAGAUCUACUCCACGCCCAUGGGUCUGGUCAUGCCAACUGGUCAGCAGGGAGGUGCCUCCUUUGUGCAGGCUAGUCCCACGACAACAACUAUACAGAUCCAACAACAGCCAGCCCCGCAGCCCACGCAAAUCAGUUUGCAGCCAGCACAGGCCACCUACAUGACAGAGGCGGUGAUGAGUCGCCAGGGAACGGCCGCCAGUCCGCCGGACACAACUACCUGUAGUCCACGAAGUCCGGAGCGACCUGCCAGCCAUCGAAGCAGUGGCAGCGAUAUGGUACAAUGUGUAUCCAGUUCGGAGCCGGAUGCAGCUGUCUCUCCCCAAAGUACUGAGAGUCGGCAGUCGCCCUCUUCAACGGACUGCGAGAGGAGCAUUUGUAAGAACAAUGUGUUUACCCAGCCCAGUGGGAUCUACAAGCACUCGGAGCCAAAGAUCAGACGCAUUCACAUUACCUCGCAGACGUCGGCGGAGAACGGAAUAAGCCUGAUGCAGGGACAAGGUAUGCGACUGGCGACAUCUAACACAAACUCCACAUCUGCAUCCACGUCUAUAACAUCGUCAUCGUCGGCACCACUAACCACAACUGCUAUGGCUGGCCAACGCCAGCUUGUGCACCGCCAGCAGGCCGUGCACCUUCACACAUCUCCAAACAUCUCCAACAGCCAUCCAAACACCUUCCUUCAUAGCCACAAAGUAGUUAACUUUGACUACCAGGAGUCGCCUACCACAACGCAGCAGCAUACAUCAGUUCCAACCGCUCAACCAGCAGUCGAGAAGACGACGAUCAGGACGCCCACAAAACGUUCGCGCCGCCCGCAACGUGGGGCAGGGCGUGCGGCGCCCACGGCGUCCGAUAGAAGUUUCCAGCUGCCACCACGAUCCUUUGCCAUUGGGGAGCUGAUAUGGGGUCCGGCGCGGGGCCAUCCCGCCUGGCCCGGAAAGAUCGUCAAGAUGCCAGACGGAGUGUGCACGCCGUCGCAGCAGUUCGAUCACGUCUGGGUUCAGUGGUUCGGCGGCGGCGGGCGUUCGACCUCCGAACUGAUUCCGGUCAACUCAUUGCAGAGUCUCUCCGAGGGUCUGGAAGCACAUCACAAGGCCCAGAAGGAUACGAGAAAGAGCCGCAAACUGAACUCGCAGCUCGAGCGGGCCAUACAAGAAGCAAUGACUGAGUUGGAUAACAUUUCAGCCUCCUCGACACCCGCAGCCACAUCCUCGUCAUCAGCAACCAUCGCUGCUGUUCCCGCAUCAGCAGGACCAGCUGUAAUUGGCGGACAACAGCAGUAUCAGCAGCAGCAGCAGCAGCAACAGCAGCAGCAGUCGCCCUCUUCAACGAACAACAAAAUAAAUGGACUCGCGCGGAGCAAGCGCCAGGCCAACACAAGUGGGGCCAGCAUGGUGCUGACCACCAGUACGGCGGCCACAUUGAGUGGCCUCUUCAAUCAGCAGCGAGCCAAACCCAUACGCAUUGCACCAGCUCCACCGGUGGCCACAACGGGCACGGGAAACAUUGGGACGAUACCAGCAGCUGGAGCAGCAGCAUCAGCAGCUUCAGCUGGAACCGGGACCACUUCGGCCCGUUCCGAGAUCCUGAAGCUGACCAAAUGACCAGCGCUGUCGACGUUGCCGUCGACAGUGAGCACAGCCAGCUACACCCUCGUUAUCGGGCAUAAGUAGCGGGCGGCAGGAGGAGAUGCCGCCAGGCCAUAAAUAUAGCUAUCCAUAUGCGACGAUGCGAGUAUAUAGUGUUUAGUGUUAGGUGUCAGGCCUCAGCUUUGGAGUUUGUUGUUUUGUAUUCUUUGACAGACUCCCCGCUUAGUUGCGUCGCUGGGCGGCGCGCGCCACACUUUCGAAAUAGACAAUAAAACAGCAAGAUGAUGUUAAUGAAAAUCAAGUUACAAAGAGCAGUUCUAACAAUUAGCUAUAGGUUUGGCUUCUUAGACAGCGCCGCGGCGCAAAAUUUGCGUUGUUUUGUACAUAGUAAGCACCCCAAGCUACAGAUGUUCGUAUUUAAGUAUUUAUUUAUUGCAUAUAGAUUCUUGGUUUCUAUAGGUUUUGUUUUCGUUGCAAUUUGUAGACCUACCAAUUAUUUGUAUAAAUAGGUAAACUAAGCUGAUGAUACUUAGCCACUAAGUUUAAAGAACAUCCACAACAAUUACAUUUGCCUUGUCAAGCAAAUAAUAUCAAAUCAAAAGCAGCUACUGAUUUUCAUUUAUUGUGAUUGCACAAAUUGUUUUUUAAACUCUAGAAGAACAAAUUAUUUAUGUCAAACACAAAAAACGAAAAAACCAUGAGAAAAUUAGAACGGGUUGAGAAAAAUUAUAUUUAUAAAUUGUUAUUAUUUAUUUAGUUGAAACUAUUGUAAAAUUAUAAUUGUAAAACAAAAAUGAAAUCACACUUAGCGGAACCACACGGAGCAAAUAAAAAGUAAAAAACAAAACUGAAAACAGAACUGAAUGGUGUUUUUGUGUCCACUACUCGUAAAUAUAAUGUAACAGGUGAAUGUAAGCAUUUCUAAGAUCGCUCAAGCGCACAAUAUUUAUGGAUUCUUAUAAGUCUUAUAUUGGGAAUCAGUUUUUAUGUGCGACUGGAAACUCACACAUCUGAGUAAAAGCAGUGAGCAGCCGUCAAAAUGACGCAGUCGAUCUGGCCAUGUCCGU